GCCGCCGCCGCCGCCGCGCCCGCCAUGGACGUCCGCCUGUAUCCCUCGGCGCCCGCGGUAGGUGCGCGGCCCGGGGCCGAGCCGGCCGGCCUGGCGCACCUGGACUACUACCACUGCGGCAAGUCUGAUGGUGACAGUGCCUACGUGGGGAUGAGUGACGGAAAUCCAGAGCUCCUGCCAACCAGCCAGACCUACAACAGCCAGAGUGAGAGCAAUGAAGACUAUGAGAUUCCUCCUAUAACGCCUCCCAACCUCCCUGAGCCAUCCCUCCUGCACCUGGGGGACCACGAAGCCGGCUACCACUCGCUCUGUCACGGCCUUGCGCCCAACGGCCUGCUCCCUGCCUACUCAUACCAAGCUAUGGAUCUCCCAGCCAUCAUGGUGUCCAACAUGCUGGCCCAGGAUAGCCACCUGCUGUCUGGCCAGCUGCCGACGAUCCAGGAGAUGGUCCACUCGGAGGUAGCUGCCUAUGACUCAGGCCGGCCAGGGCCCCUGCUGGGCCGCCCAGCGAUGCUGGCCAGCCACAUGAGUGCCCUCAGCCAGUCCCAGCUCAUCUCCCAGAUGGGCAUCCGGAGUGGCAUCGCCCACAGCUCCCCAUCACCCCCAGGGAGCAAGUCAGCGACUCCCUCUCCAUCCAGUUCCACACAGGAGGAAGAGUCAGAUGCCCAUUUCAAGAUCUCGGGCGAGAAGAGACCCUCAGCAGACCCAGGUAAAAAGGCCAAGAACCCAAAGAAGAAGAAGAAGAAAGACCCCAAUGAGCCACAGAAGCCUGUAUCGGCUUACGCUCUCUUCUUCAGAGACACCCAAGCCGCCAUCAAGGGGCAAAAUCCCAGUGCCACCUUUGGGGAUGUCUCCAAAAUAGUGGCCUCCAUGUGGGAUAGCCUGGGAGAAGAGCAGAAACAGGCGUAUAAGAGGAAGACCGAAGCGGCCAAGAAGGAGUACCUGAAAGCCUUGGCGGCCUACAGAGCGAGCCUCGUCUCCAAGAGCCCUCCGGACCAAGGCGAGGUCAAGAACGCUCAGGCAAACCCACCAGCCAAAAUGCUCCCACCCAAGCAGCCCAUGUACGCCAUGCCCGGCCUGGCUUCCUUCCUGACGCCCUCCGACCUGCAAGCCUUCCGCAGUGGAGCUUCCCCUGCCAGCCUUGCCAGAACGCUGGGCUCCAAGGCCCUGCUGCCCGGCCUCAGCACGUCCCCUCCCCCACCCUCCUUCCCUCUCAGCCCCUCACUGCACCAGCAGCUGCCACUGCCCCCCCACGCGCAGGGCGCCCUUCUCAGCCCACCUCUCAGCAUGUCCCCAGCCCCUCAGCCUCCUGUUCUACCUGCCUCCAUGGCACUCCAGGUGCAGCUGGCGAUGAGCCCCUCGCCUCCAGGGCCACAGGACUUCCCACACAUCUCUGAAUUUCCCAGUGGCUCUGGCUCCCGCUCACCUGGCCCAUCCAACCCUUCCAGCAGCGGGGACUGGGAUGGGAGUUACCCCAGCGGGGAACGCGGCCUCGGCACCUGCAGCUUGCUCCCCAGGGAUAAAUCGCUCUACCUCACCUAAUCCCGCCUCCCCUCCCUCCCUGAGGCUCUCCGGAGGGCACUGCUCCGAGCCAGAAGGGCUGACCACAAGAGAGAGGCCAUGGCAGCAGGCAGGGUGACCGGCCAGCGAGAGCAGUGAUACACCCAUGCCCCAGGGCUGAGUCUCUCCCUCGACCUCCCACCAGACUCUGCAGAGGCAGUCCACCGCCCACCACCAGCCCAAAGAACCUACAGGAACCUUCUGCCCGCUGACCUGCUUGCUCCAGGGUAGCCGUGGACCCCACUCCUUGGCCUGCACACAGUCCCCUGCGUCUGGACUUCUGGCCCCAGCCCAAGCUCACCGGGCUGCCCACCUCCAGGUUGCUUAGCAACAGACACCCACCCCAGAUGCUGGGCCAGCCACAGGUGUACUCUCGGUGUACACAAAAGAUGCUGAAACCCACACGCUGUGGGUUCCGUGUAAGUAGUUCACUGUUUUAGAAACGUGCUGAAGACACCUGUGAGAUUAUUUUGUGGGGAGACAGAAAGUUUCCUUUAAGGUUAAAAAAAAGAAAAAAGAAAAAGAAAAAGAAAAAAAACAUUUUAUAAGACCUUUAGCACAUUUUUUUUUUUAAGUUUUAUCUUAAGGGAGACAUGUGCACAGAAGCUGUCAAACUGAUUCUUAUCUGCACACAGAGAACGGGAGCUUUUAAGCCACACCCAGGGGCAUUCUCCUCCUCCUUCUUCCUCUUCUCCUUCUCCUUCUCCUUCUCCUUCUUCUUCUCCUCCUUCUACUUCCUCUUCUCCUUCUCCUCUUCCUCCUCCUCCUAUUCCUCCUCUUCUUUCUCGUCUUCAUGUUCUUUUUCCUCCUCCUCUUUUUCUUUUUUUUAUAUAUCACAUAUCCACCUAUUUAAAAAUGCCAGCAACAAUUUUGGUCAUCUAUUUAUGAAGAAAAGUUGAGAACAACGCUGUGGUUCCUCCUUACAUGUGUGUGGUUUGGGGUCUGGCUUUGGUUUGUGUUGUUUGCAGCUGUCUCCUGGCCCUUGCAAUGUCCGUCCCGGUACCCCAGUGCUUCGCUCAGACCUCUUUGUAAUAAAACUUCUGAAAAGUGGCAAGCAA